CUUCUCAAGCUAGAUCAGUGUGUAGGGAGGAUAGUCAUCACACCACCCUGAGCAGCAGGAGCUGACGUUGGAUGAAGCUGCCAGGUAGCCAAAAAGAGGCACGGAAGGCAGCUGUUACCCACUUUUCAACGUGUACUUUUUUUUUUUUUUUUUUUUUUUUAAUAGUCUGAAUCUGGACUUCAAGCAACACAGUGCCUGAGACAGCUCAUCUAAACCUCACUGUAUUGCAACACUCUCUCUUCCCAAAGAAAAAGACUCCACUGAGUAGCAGAAUGCUGCUGGUGUCGCAGCUAGGGCUACAAUACAGAGCCUUUUUGUAACAUUUUUAAAAUCUCCUUCUAUUCAUUUAGAGAUACAUAAAUACACUCAGAUAGAAAAUCUUCCUUUUUUGAGGGCACUUUUGGCUUUUGUUACCCUGAUGUGACUUCUUCUUCGUCUUGGAAUGAUGGGGAUCUUUCUAGCUUAUGUUGGAUUCAUUUUUUUUUCAGUUAUGUAUAUCCAGCAAGGACUGUCUACUCAAGCAAAAUUCACUGAAUUUCCCCGAAAUGUCACGGCAACUGAAGGGCAGAAUGUGGAGAUGUCUUGUGCUUUCCAAAGUGGCUCCACUUCGGUGUACCUUGAAAUCCAGUGGUGGUUUCUGCGGGCUGCUGAGGACCAAGAGGCUGGAGCUGAGGUGACAGGAACUCAGGUGGAGCUCCUGCCCGAACGGGACCUGGAGAGCGACGGCACGAAGAUAAGCACAGUGAAAGUACAAGGGAAUGACAUCUCCCACAAGCUGCAGAUUUCAAAAGUAAGGAAAAAAGAUGAAGGCUUGUAUGAGUGCAGGGUGACUGAUGCCAACUAUGGAGACCUUCAGGAAUACAAGGCCCAAGCAUAUCUCAAGGUCAAUGCUAACAGCCACUCUCGGCGAAUGCAGGCCUUUGAGGCAUCUCCAAUGUGGCUGCAAGACAUGAAACCUCGCAAAAACAUCUCAGCAGCUAUUCCAAGUAGCAUCCAUAAUCCUGCCAAUCAACGUGUGCGUGCCACCUCCAGCCCUGAAGCAGCAGCCAAAAUCCCCAAACAAAGUCCACAAUCAGUGCAUGCCAAGACAUUCAUGGGCACCAGAGCCAACCUGGCGAGCUAAUUAAAUAUAUAAAUGUGUAUGUUUAAAACAGCCUUAUAAGGAGCAUUGGAAAUCUGCAAGAUGAGCGAAUAUCUUAUAACUUCUUCCGCAGGUGCGAGGAUAGCUACAAGCCAUGGACUUUCUGUCCUGCUUCUUGUUUGUGGCUUUGUGAAGGGUGCUUUGCUUUAAUCUAAAAGUGCUGACUUUUUCCAAUAUCACUUUCUCUUCUUAAAGCAAAGAGCAAAUCGCCUGUAAAAUCCACGGAGCGGACAGCAAAGUUGACCCUAACCUCCAACCAUCACUCUGCACCCAAUGUACUCUAAAUCUCUACACAAGGAGCACCUUCUUCAGGAAGUACAAACAAAAAUACUAAAUAAAUAAAUAAAUAAAUAAAUAUUAUAAAAGGAAGAGGAUACCACAUUUUCUUGAUAUAUCUUAUUUUCUUUGGAAUAUCACUGAUCUUUUGUUUGAAGAGAACUGGUGUGAUGUAAUCAAAUGUUUCAUAACAGAAGACCUAGUUUCCUUCUCUUUCGGCGAGGAGAAGCCUCAUCCUUGACUUCUCGGGGGUUAGUCUGCGAGUCAUCAGUAUUGUAGAAUUAACCAUGGAUGACAUUUGGCUUCCUACGCUAAAAGAAUUGUUCAAGCCUAGAAGCAAACAGAGGCCAAAUAAUGAGAUGAAGAAUAUUGAUUCAACAUCGACCCCCCAACCCAUCCCACAGACUCUGCCAAAAAGUGUGUUUUUUUUUCUUUUUCCUUUCUUUCUGUCUUUCUUUCUUUCUUUUUUUUUAUUUUUAUUUUUAUUUUUUCCCUGCAUGAGGAAUAGGAAGCAGAAAAGAAAUUCUGCAGAGCAGCUAAGCAGACCAGAGGACUUUCUUUUUUUGAAAACAAAUGAAAAUAGUUUGUUGUUAUUGUUAUUCUUUUUUCUCUGUGGGCUUUUUUUUUUAGUAUGUUUCUUGUUCAACGGUGGCAAUUGCUGACUUAGGCCAACCCCUGAUGACUGCGUGGAGGUUUAUAUAUAUACAUCUUUCUUUUUCAUGUGUGUUCUAUAUUUCAAUGUGUUUUCUAUUAUUUUGCAACUUCUGUAUAUGCAAAACUAACUUAAAUUCUGUAAAUUGCUUACAGUCUGUGUGAUAUAACUUCCAAGUAGAAUAUACUUUGGUCCUCAUGCAAGCCAGUUUUUAAUAUUAUCUGUAUGAUGUGCCACCAACAAACAUCUUUCUUUCUUUCUGUCUCUCUCUUUUUUCUUUCUUCUUUUUGACAAACCAUCUCUUUUUAAUUUGUAAUUCUGUACUGUGUGGAUUUUGUAAUACCUGCCUUCACUUCCACUGGUUUGACAACUUUCAACCCUCUGUUUACUCUGUAAAUGCACAUUAAAAUUUGUUAUGGUCUCUAGACAAUGAAUUACUUUAGUUUUGUGUAUGUUGUACUGGAUUUCAGUUGCUGAAAGCUCUUUUAAUUUGUGAUGUUUAUAGCAAAUGAAGUGAUUUUAUCACUAGAGACUGUAAAAUGCAGGCUUAAUGUCAAAUACUGCAUGUGAAGUAAGGUUAGAAAAGGAAAACAGAAAAAUAAAACAUAAUAUGGCUUAAAGAAUAUUCUUUCAUCAAAGACUGUUAGGAAAGUGAAUUCUUUACACUGAUAAACUGUAUUCACAGAAAAACAACUCCUUUUACAUGGCCAAAGAAUCAUCUUUCUUUGCUUUUUCUGGAAGUGAAUUGUCAUUGCUCAUUGAUAUUCUUAAUUAAAAUACUUUAUGUCUGUGAACCGAACAUGAAAAUUUUGCUGUUGACUGUAGCAAUAUGCAUUACAUGAAUUGCAUUCAUUAAUGCAGGAAAGAAAAAUUGCUUCCAUUUGCAGCUGCAAUCAGGAAGGAAUUUUUUUUCUUGUUCCCUCCUUCCACUGAUGCUGAACAAUCCAGACACUGCCAUUUAUCAGCCCAGACAAUCAUGUAUAUCAUGUGCUUGUUAUGAUCUGUUUACAACAGCAUUAAGUAGCUGCAAAGUGGUCAGCUGUGUGAUUUCUCCAGUUUUGAAGUAAAAAAAAGAGAAAGUAAAAAUUAUAUUUAAUAUCUCACCAGUCUAUGGUUUAAAGUCCUAACAUUUUAUUUCAAAAUGUCCAUAAGGACCCAUUCUUACACAUUCAUAAGUCUUCCGCACUAAUUUCAUAGGAGAAAAAAAAGCAACUAAGUAUAAUGCAGAAUCAGAGAGUAACACACUGAUGCUUUGGAAGAGGGUAACAUAUUUGUGCAGAUCUAGUUUACCUUCCCCAUGUCUUCAGUACUAUAAGUUUGACAGAAUAGUCAGUUAUCAGUUUUAUAGAAAAUCUCAGCAUAGAUAGAGACUAAAAGUAUGAACUAAUAGACACAAAACAGAAUGACUGCUAGAAGAAGGAAAGGGACAAAGUUCUUUUAUUUCAACACCAAAUUCACGAUUCAUUAAGAAUAUUGUGUAUUCAAUAAAUCUUCCUCAUUUUAAUAACAGUUUAUUAGCCUGCUGAUAAAGCUGAAUGAAUCCCUGUGCAAAAAUUUGGAUUGAAGACAAAAAGGAAAAAAGAAAAAAAAAAAAAAAAAAAAAAAGCCAGAGCUCAUUGAAGUUUCUUUCUUGUAAUACAUCAGGUUCUGAACCAAACUUUCAGAACACAUUUUCCCUGUGCAGUAGAUAUCUACAAAAGGAUGCUCUGAGAAUCUCCCAUGUGGAUUUUGGAAACAUAAGUUUCCACCAAUCUCAAUAACAAACAAAUGCUUAAUAUCAUAUAUAUUUUGUAUAAAUAAAAUUAUAUAUAUUGUAUGAAUAUUCUGGUAUGCACAUAUUCAUACAGACAAUGCUCAGUGACAAAAACAGCUUUAUAAAUGACAUUUUUCAUAAGUAGUUUAGCCACACAUUAUUAAAGUUAGCCUCUGAUUAUUAUGUUAAUUUGAUACUGUGUUUUGGUUAAUGCUAGAUGUAAAUUGCCAUGUAUUAGGAAAUGAGACCAAAAAGAACCAAUUGAAAUUAAAAGUUGGAUUCUAAAUUGCUCAGACUGGAGUGAUAUAACAAUUUAGAAGACAUUACCAGGGUAAGUGCCAUACUUUGAUGUUGCUAUUUUUCUUCAGGUGUCAGCAUAAAAAUGGAUAAAGAGAAGAAUGAUGGAAAAUCAGUGGGACUUUCACAAGGCCUUUGAAUCUUGCAUGAGAUACUAAGGGAAAAUACUAGUUUUCUUUUUCCAAAUUAGAUAAGUCCUGCCUUUCUGGUUGCAGAUAUAGACAUUGGCUUUAUAGCUUCUGUCAAACUCUACAGAUGUCACAGCAUCAGCUCCUAACAAAAGUAAUUAUAGUAUUUUAAAAUUUUAUGCUGUUGCUUAAGCAUUGUUCUUCAAGUUAGGAAUCAGCCUUUAGCAAGAAGGAAUUCUCAAAAAGGAAGUUAAGCCACAGCAUUCUCUCUUCUACAUACAGCUUUUGUUAGGAAUAUUUGAUGUAGUAAUAGAACAAAUAAUAUUUUCAACAUUGGCUCCAGUUCCAUUUUGGGCUUAACACUAACAAAAAAUAAAUAAAUACUUAAAAGUUCCAUUGAGUUAGGUACUUGAAAUCAUCAGCUUACAUUUAAUGGUAGAUAAAUCUUUCAAAAGCCAAUGUCCUUAAUGUUUCUACAAAAUAAACAAACAAACGAAUAAAGAAAGAAAUAAAAAAUUUAUUUUUGAGGAGUCAUUUACUUUAUUCAUGCUUGUUUCUUGGCGUUCUCAAGACCUCACCCUUUAUUUGAUUUUCUUCAGAUUUUUCCAACAGCUUUUGUUUUUAAUAGAAGAGUAAGCAUGGGUGAGUAUGAAACGUUUUUGUAUUUCAAGGAAUAUGCCAUCUAAACACAGAACACAUGUUGAACUGUUAUAUCUUGUGAAACUGAAAGAAACGUAUUACAGAUCCGUUACAUAUAAUCAGUGUUCUACUAUUUCAUCUAGCUUUUGUAUUACACUUACAAAAAUCUCUAGCACUUGUGUAAUACUAAUAAAAUUUAGUAUUGCUACAGAGCCUGUCCUGUAAAUUCUCCUCUGGUUCAGUGGUUACCAAUUUUCUUCUGAACUCUGGAAGUUCAUGUCUGCAAUUUGUUGAGUAAUAUGUUUAAAACUUCCAUUCUUAAUGGUCUCUUCUGGAUUCUUCAAAUAAAUUUAUUGAGCAGAUGAUUGGGCACUCCAUAGUUUAAAAAAAAAAAGACAAUCUGUGUUAGGACUGACUCAGACUUUGUGUUAAGAAAGACACUGGAAAACUUGAAAGGUAAACAUUGAAUCUAUCCUGAAUUGUUGUUAUUUGUUUAAUUUUCAGUGUUGAAUACUUCAAUUAGGGCAUACACAAACACAAAUAUUGGAACUAUGUAUAAACAUUAGAGGCACAACAGCAAUAAAAUUCUUGCAGUUCCGUAUGUAAUUGAGUACCUCUGAUUCGAGAUCAGAAAACAUCUGAGAACUGCUUUUUCUUACGUUAAUUCCUUAAAGUGUUUUUGUUUCUUUUAAAUAAAAUAGAGUAGUGGCCAUUACUUAAAAAUAAGUCGUACUGCAUACCUAAUACAUUUCAGUGUUGAGCAUUUCUUUCCCAAGUAAUGAUUUCUACAAUAAUGUCAUCAUUUAAUUCACCACUAAAAACAAAAAGUAGACUGCAUUGCUACCAAUCCUCAACAUGUUCAUGUUCUCAAAAAAAACCCAAACCAACAAUGAAACAAAACAAACAAACAAAAAAACCUAAAAAACCCAGUUUAAAAUCUUUGUUACCUGUAAGAUGGGGGACAUUUGUCCCUGACAUUACUAUUGGCAAAUGUCAAACGUUGUUUACAGAGCUAAAAGCAUUAAGAACCAAGUAUGAGAUCAAUGUACUUUAGAAUAUAAAAAUUUAAAGGUUAAUCUUCCCUAAUUAGCUUAUCUAAACAAUACCAAGCACGAAGUAAAUUGCUUAAUGCAAGUUAUUAUAGAUAGCUUUUGUUCUGAGCUUCCUCAGUAUUGUUUUAUUUGAUUUCACAGUCAUAAAAUUUUCACAUACAUUAAUGUAGUUGAAAGAUUGUAUAUAGUUCUGCUUUUCUUCUAAACAAUAGAGGAAAACAAUAGCAAAGAAAAAGGCUAAAUUUGUCUGUAAAAAUGAAUCACAACCAACUACUGAAUUACUUUAAAAGAAGGAGAAAAGUUAUGUUUUCUUGAGGAUCAACUGUAACUGAAAUCUUGUUUUAUUUUCUCCUUUUUGUGCUUUUCUUGCCAACACAUCAGUCUAAAAAACACAUCAAUAAUUCGUUUCUGAUUACUCAGUUCUUACAGUGUUACUGAGGGCAAAAUGAUGCUUUCUUUGCUAUUAAAAAUCUGAAAAAAAAUAAAAUCUUUUAAUUUAGCAAGCUAAUUGUUUGCAGUGGACUAUAAUCUCAAAAUAUCUCUGCUGUUAGGUUUAUAGGGAAGGAGCAAAAGAGAAAUUUGUUUGUGUUGGGUUAUUUGUCAUCCUACAGCUAAAGACUGAAGUCUUUUGUACAUUUCACAGAUACAGUAGUUUUCCCUGUAACUGCUACUGGCAGACUGCUUUGAGUUUGGAAAUAAAAAAAAAAAUUGCUGCAGCUCAGCAUUUAUUGCAUACUGUUAAAAAGUUUAAAAGAAAUGGCAAAAGAUAAAGUUAUAAAUAAUCUGGAAGAAUAUCACAAACUGGUGAUUUUCCAAAAGCUUCAAAACACAACAAACACUUGAAUCAAAAUGGCUUUUGGUGGGCAUUUCUUUUCAAGUUUUUUUCUUUCUUUUUUUUUUUUUUGCAUCCCAUUCUUAACAGUCCUAUUAUAAAUAGCAUCCAUUUAAAUCCAGCUGUAUGAUGCUUAUAGUAUGGAGGACCCUCAGAUGGAAGCCAAUGAAAUUUUUAUUCAUUAAAAUGCUCCUUUACAUUGACAUAACAGCACAGAAAGAGGUCUUAUGUUUAUAUGAGGCUAUUUACAGUGACAGCUUAUAAGGAAUCUGAAAUGUACAUAAUAGACAAUUAAUUUCUUUCCUCUUUUUAUAUACCGUAGACUUGAAAAACAAGAGAGAAGAUUAGUUUUGAUGAUUACUUCUUAAAAUAAACUGUUUCAUAUAAAUCUUUGAAGAAGCUAAGUUUGAAGCAUUUCUUACAAAAAAGAUUUGUAUAAAUGACCUUUUAAAUUAUGUCUUUUAGAUUUUUAAGCAGUUAUAUAUACUGUAUAUGAAAUCAGUGUAUAUAUUAAGAAUAGGAGAUGAUGACUUUGUUACUUCUG